AUGUCCAAUGAGCAAGCGGCUAGUGUGGCAGCGACAUUUGCAAAGGCCAUUGAAGAGAUAGUGAAGAACCCACACAGCAAGCCCACAGAGCUUGAUCUAUGCAGUCAGCAUGACCGAAAUGUUCUAUCUGGCUGGAAUCAUGAUAUUCCAGAGAGAUUGGACUCUCGGGUCGAUGAAAUGAUCUUUCAUCAGGGCCACCGGGAUCUCUCGCAUGUCGCCGUCUCCUCCUGGGAUGGAGAGCUGACUUAUGGCGAGCUAGACAGACUUUCCUCAGCUCUCGCAGGGCAACUUGCAAAACAGGGCGUGCGAUGCGGUAUGUUUGUGCUUCUUUGCUUUGAAAAGUCCAAAUGGACGGUGCUUGCCAUGCUGGGUGUGAUCAAGGCUGGCGGUGCCUACGUCCUGCUGGAUCCGUCCUAUCCUUCCAAGCGCAUGGAAAGCAUUUGUCAGGAUGUUGACGCCACAAUCCUGGUGGCAUCUCCUCAAACCAUUGGAAAAGUGCAGACAUUGGCCGACAACGUCGUUGUUGUCGAUGAGACCUCCCCCAUUUGGUCAGGUAGCUAUGAGUGCUCGCGUCGAGUCCAUUCCCAGGACGCUCUCUAUGCAGCAUUUACUUCUGGAUCUACCGGAAGACCCAAAGGCAUCGUCGUGGAACAUGGAGCUUUCUGUACUCGUGCAUUGGCGAAUGGAGCACUGCUGGAAUUGAAUAAAUACUCGAGGGUAUUGCAGUUUGCCAGCUACGCAUUCGACGUGAGCCAUCGCGAUAUUCUGUUCACGCUGAUUCACAAUGGAACCGUCUGCAUUCCAUCCGAGACUGACCGGGUCAACAAUCUCGAGUUGUUCAUCAGUCGCCACCAGGUCAACUGGGCCAGUCUCACACCGUCUGUGGCCGCUUUACUCGACCCCAAAGCCGUUCCAACCUUGCAGACACUGGUCCUUGCGGGCGAAGCCAUGUCAGCAGCCAAUCUUUCUACCUGGGCGGACAAAGUGCAGCUUAUGAAUGCGUACGGCCCAAGUGAAUGUAUCGCUGUUAGUUGCAUCAACCCUCGACUAGCAAUAGGGUCGGAUCGUACGAACAUCGGGCGUGGAGUAGGGUCUGCGAUCUGGAUCGUUGACCCAGAAGACGCCAACCGCCUUGCACCCAUCGGGGCGAUUGGAGAGUUGCUCAUCGAGACAGCCGCAGUCAGCCGGGGGUAUAUAAAAGACCGGGAAAAGACGGAAGCCUCCUUUCCUGAUCAUGUCCGAUGGCGAGACGACUUCCGGCUCAGCUCACAGGGCCGGUUAUAUAAAACAGGUGAUCUAGGACGCUUCAACGUUGAUGGUACCAUCUCCUUCAUGGGACGCAAAGACAAUCAGGUCAAGAUUAAUGGACAGCGAGUGGAGUUGGCUGAGAUUGAGCACCACAUGCUGCAGGCCCUGGCCAGCAGUCUGGAAGACGCGUCGACUAUCCAAGUGAUUGUGGACAUGGUGAUGCCCAAGGAAAGCCACCGCCCAACAUUGGUGGCGUUUAUAUACCAGCUGGGCAAUGAUCAGAAAUCAGAAGCGCAGCGGAAUACGGCAAUCCGGCAGACGAUGGCCCACAUGGCAGACCAACUGGCCGAGCUGUUACCCGUGUAUAUGAUCCCCAGUGUGUUUAUCCCUGUGGAAAGGAUUCCCAUGACUGGGACAGGCAAAACAGAUAGACGAGCGCUACGACAACUCGGCGCAUCAAUGACUUGGGACCAAAUGGCAGCCCUGACAGCGUCCACACCCAGCUAUCGAGCCCCGGCGACUGAACGGGAGCAGCAACUGCAACGAAUCUUCAUGGCCGUUCUGAAUCUUGAAGCCAACCGCGUUGGCGCUGACCAUAGCUUUCUUCGACUGGGAGGUGACUCGAUUGCUGCGAUGCGUCUGGUUGCAGCUGCGCGUGAAGAAGGGCUGCAACUGACUGUUGCAGACGUCUUUCGCAAUCCACAACUCAAUGAAUUGGCACGGUUAGCCCAGGCGGCAAGUGAGCCAGAAGAAAACACUGUGUUGCCAUUUUCAUUGCUCAAGUCUGGUAUCUCGAGCAGCGAUGCCCGUCGGGAAUCGGCCUCCCUGUGUGGCAUACAAGAGGAUCAGGUGGAGGACGUUUUGCCCUGUACGCCUUUGCAGGAAGGCCUGCUCGCAUUAACGGCGAGAAAAGGCGGUCUUUAUAUCCGACGAUUCAAAUUCGAGAUUCGGCCCAUGGUUAAUGUUUCCCAAUUGAUGAGAUCAUGGGAACAAACCGUCGCAGCGGUCCCCUUACUGCGCACACGCAUUGUCGACCUCACCGGGCAGGGAUUGGUUCAAGUUGUAGUCAACGAGCCGGUAAACUGGCAGUCCAACCAUGACUCGCAGACUAUGGGCCUCGGAACACCUCUGGUGAGAUAUGAGAUGGUCACCGAACAGGGGAAGACAUAUCUCGCGUUGACGAUUCAUCACGCCAUGUACGACGGAUGGUCCAUGCCGCUCGUGCUAGACACAACACAGAAGAUAUACCAAGGGCAGCAUCACUCACUGACCCCGUUUGCCACAUUCAUCAAACACAUUGCCAGUAUCGACGAAAAUGCCGCUACGAAGUUCUGGAGACGCCAGUUUGUCGGCCUGGAAACUUCAGAAUUUCCUCCUCUUCCGUCAUCUCACCAGCCACAGGCAGACCGGACAUUGACGCACAGCAUCGAUGUAGACUGGGAAGGACUGGAUUUUACAGCGGCUACUAUGACACGGGCAGCGCUAGCAAUCCUCAUCAGCAGAUAUACCAAUUGCCCCGAUGCAGUCUUUGGCGCAACAGUCAUGGGAAGGCAGGCUUCUGUCCCGGGCGUGGAGAGCAUGGCUGGGCCAACGUUCACGACACUUCCAGUCCGAGUCAUGGUGGAUGAAGAACAAACAGUCCGCCUCCUUCUACAGCAAGUCCACGCCCAGGCUACCGACAUGAUUCCAUAUGAGCAAAUUGGCCUGCAACGGAUUCAUCGUAUCAGCGCGGAGAGCAAGGAGGCAUGUCGGUUCCAGACCUUGCUCCUCGUCCAGCCAGAAGAAGAGAAGGUCUCUCGAGGUAGCGAGCUCUUCCUCCCGGAAGAGGAAGAGCAGGGAAGUGAUAGGAGACUGGAAGCUUUCACCAGCUAUGCCCUCAUGUUCCGCUGUGAGUUGAACAAGCAAGGAAUGCGACUCCGGACGACGUUCGAUCCUAGUGUGGUGCACGAACGACAAGUGAUGCGCAUGGCACACCAUUUUGCUCAUGUUCUGCGGCAGAUUUGCGUUUCAGCAGCCGGGAAUACUUCAUUGAGACAGAUUGAGAUGGCCAGCCAACAGGAUCUAUCGGACAUCUGGACAUGGAACGGCGCCCCCCCAAGACAGGUUGACGGUGUCUGGGACGGUAUAUUGCCGGAUCUCUUGGGCAACCCUAUGGCACAGCUUGCUGGUCACGUUCCAUGGGUAGUUCAGGAGCAUGCUGAGAGCAGGUUGGCAGCGAUUGGAUGCGUCGGUGAGCUGUGGCUUGAGAUUCCUGUUAACGGGGAAGGCCAUCUGUACAAGUCAACAGCAUCGUUUGCCGAGAAUCCACAAUGGCUGUUGCGCGGAGGACCAGGCCAUCCCGGACGCAAUGGACGUUUCUACAAGACCGGCGAACUGGCCAAGUAUACGUCUGAUGGGGCAGUUGUAGUUCUGGGACGUAAAGAUACGCUGUCCGGAAUCAAUGGACGGCGGGUGAACCUGCGGGAUGUUGAGCAUCAUGUACGACAGGCCGUGUUUGAAGUCCUUCCCCAUAAUUCUGUUGGUGUGAUGGCAGAAAUAGUCACUCCACAAGGUAGCCAAAGCUCGAUGCUGGUUGCCUUCCUAUGUGAUUCCACAGAGGUCCUUCUCACGUCAAGCAUAGCAAAUGCCAUUGACGAAGAACUGUCGGACCGACUGCCGAUAAAGCCGCAUGCAUACGGCACCCUCAAGCAUGGAAGUGGCCAGAUUGAUUGGAACAGACUCCGCGAACAGGCCAAUUGCUUCACUCUGGCCCAUCUUACGGUCGUGGAGAGGCGCGACCAAGAUAGGGCAAGGCCCCAGACAAAGGCAGAGCGCCAACUGCGAGACCUCUGGGCAUCUGUUCUCCACAUUCCUGCAGAGAGGGUCGGGCUGAACGAUAGCUUCUUCCGGUUGGGAGGCGACUCCAUCACGGCAAUGCGACUCGUUGGAGCAGCACGCCGACAUGGUGUUUCGCUCACGGUAGGAGAGAUCUUCAGCUAUCCACAGCUCAAGAGACUUGCCACAGUGAUCAAGGCCACAGUCGCCGCUGACCAAGUAGUACCUCCUUUCUCGUUAUUGAGUUUGCCUUUGAACAUCGACGAGAAGCGUGCGCAGACGGCUGCAUUGUGUGGUGUUGAACCUAGUUUGGUCCAGGAUGCAUUCCCAUGUACACCAUUGCAGGCCGGUUUACUCGCCCUGACAGCACAGUCAGCGGGUAGCUAUAUCACGAGAAAGUUACUUCAGCUUCGCGAGACGACCGAUGUCAAUCGACUGGCCGUGGCGUUGGCGGAGGUCGUCGCGUCGACACCGAUAUUGCGCACCCGAAUUGUCGAUCUUGGAAGCCAAGGGCUGGUGCAGGUCGAAGUUAGCGAGGACUUUUCCUGGAAAAUGGAGUCGGACUUGGAUAGGUACAUUCGCGCGGAUAGCGAAGAGCCAAUGAGUCUCGGAACCCCCUUGACACGGUUUGGCCUGGUUGACUGUGGGAUGCAUAAAUACUGCAUCUUGACUGUUCACCACGCCAUUUAUGAUGGCUGGCUGAUAUCGCUGCUGCUGCAGGCCAUGCAUAAAGCGUAUCACGGCCAGCCUCGUAUGGCCCUGACGCCGUUCCAUACGUUUAUCAAGGCCAUCUACUCGGUGGACGAAGCGUCAACGGCCGGCUUUUGGAAAGCCCAACUGGAUGGUUUGGAGGCGCCAGUUUUCCCUGCAGUUUCUGCGCUCUCUCCCAGGACCGACAGCUAUGCCACGCAUUGGAUCGAAGCGCUUCGUGUCGACAGCGGUGACACCACGGUCUCCAUGGCCAUCCGUGCUGCCUGGGCGAUCCUCAGCGCCCAGUACGUGAAUGCGAGUGAGGCCCUGUUUGGUGCUACUGUGACAGGGCGCCAGUGCUCUGUUCCUGGGAUCGAACUCGUCGGCGGACCGACUAUUGCCACUGUUCCUGUGCGUGUGGCGGUUGAUAGGGAGAGCACGGUCGAACAACUGCUCCAACAGGUGCAAGCGCAAGCUGUGCAGAUGAUCCCAUUCGAACAAAGCGGACUGCAGCGGAUUCGGCGCGUCAGCGCCGAUGCUGACCAGGCCUGCCAGUUCCAGACUUUGUUGGUGGUGCAACCCGUGGAUCCGGACCAUGAGGAGACGCUCUUCAUGCCCGCGCAACGGACUGCUGGCUUGGGCAGCGUGGACCCCUAUGCGCUGGUGCUAGAAUGCAAGCUUUUGAAGCAGGGAGUGAGAGUACAAAUAAAUCAUGAUUCCAGGAUCAUUGAAAAGGAACAGGGUGAGAGGCUGUUGCAACAGUUUGACCACGUGCUCCGACAGGUGUGCGCGGGACAGCAGACCACCAAGCUCAAGGAUGUUCAGAUUCUCAGCGAAACCGAUCUGUACCAUGUCUGGAAGUGGAAUGCAUUUAUCCCGACAGGACAGGGUGUUUGCGUGCACAAUCUCAUCACGGACAGAACCCAGAAACAACGGGAAGCCCCGGCCAUCGAUGCGUGGGACGGCCGCUUUACCUACGGCCAGCUGGAUGAACUGUCUACUCGCCUCGCACAUCGUCUCUGUCUGCUUGGUGUCGGCCCCGAGAUAUUCGUUCCGCUCCUCUUUGAAAAGUCUAAGUGGACGCCAGUAGCGAUGCUCGGUGUCAUCAAAGCAGGAGGAGCGUUUGUUUUGCUCGAGCCCAACCAUCCACUGACACGACUGCAAGACAUCUGCGCAGAGGUAAACGCCCAUAUUGCUCUAUCAUCGCCAGCACAGGCAGCCAAGGCAGCGAAUCUGGCCACGACAGUCUUAACGGUUGGCGACGGACAGGACAUUGGCUGUGAUGGUGGCGAGUUGACGACCACGACGACUCCAAAGAACACCCUAUAUGCCGUCUUCACGUCUGGCUCGACAGGAAAGCCCAAGGGAGCAUUGUUGCAUCACGAUGGCUUCGCGACGAAUGCGUUGGCCUACAACUACAAGCUCGGCCUGGGAUCGGACCUUCGAAUCCUGCAGUUUUCAUCGCACGCGUUCGAUGUCUGCAUAUCAGACAUUCUCUUCACGCUGAUCGGUGGCGGUUGUAUCUGUAUACCGUCAAGCAGUGAGAGCAAGGACGAUCCCUCCGGGGCUAUCCGCCAAUUCAACGCCAACUGGGCUGACUUGACUCCAUCAGUUCUGCGCAUCAUGUCACCCUCGGAUGUGCCCACAUUGACAACAGUGGUAUAUAGUGGAGAGGCUGCCUCCAAAACCGAUAUCCUCGCGUGGUGCGACAGUGUCCGCCUGAUCAAUUGCUACGGCCCAGCCGAGUGCAAUGUGUUCGCCACCAUGCAGCCUCAUAUCACCGCGGAUUCAGAUGCAUCAAACAUCGGAUCCCCGCUGGCUGGAGCGUGCUGGGUCGUUAACCCGGCGGAUUCCAACCAGCUGGUUCCUGUCGGUGCCGUGGGAGAACUGUUACUCGAAGGGCCUCUGGUGGGCCAAGGGUAUAUCAACAACACCGACAAGACCGCCGAAGCCUUCUUAGAUGACCCCCCCUGGCUGGUCCAAGGUUACGGCGAUCAGCCAGGGCGUCAUGGCCGUGUAUACAAGACCGGUGAUUUGGUGCGAUAUGCCAGCGAUGGAACUCUCCAAUUCAUCGGACGUAAAGAUACCCAGGUCAAAUUGAGAGGCCAGCGGAUUGAAUUAGGGGAGGUCGAGCAUUACGUCCACCAGGUGCUGACCGCGAUCUGUCGCCAGAAGCAGUUCGAUGAGGAUGCUACUCUCGAGGUCGUCGCCGAAAUCAUCCGGCCUCAAGAGACAGGCCGCCCAACGCUGGUGGCAUUCGCUACCAUUCGCAAGGACGGGCUGUCCGUGGGGGAAAGUAUUGCCGCCCUCGACAUGAUGGUUGCAGACCUGGACGUUCAGUUGGCAGAGCGAUUGCCCGCAUACAUGAUCCCUAGCAUUUACUUCCCAGUGGAGCGUAUACCGUUGGGAACGACCGGGAAGACGGAUCGACGUCGGCUCCGUGAGAUUGGGUCCCUCAACCAUGGCAAAAUUGCUGCCCAGAGGCAGCGGGGUCAACGGAUUGCACCUUCAACCGAGAUGGAGUCCCUUUUGCUGGAAGUGUGGAUGAGCGUGCUCAACCUGCCUGCCGAGACCAUCUCGGUCGACUCACCCUGGAUUCGACUAGGUGGCGAUUCCAUCACGGCGAUGCAGUUGGUGUCUCGAUGUCGAGCCAGGAACAUCCGACUCACGGCUGGCGAUGUCCUUCGGGCUCAAACAAUCCAGAGACUGGCAAGAUCCUGUAGUUUGAUCCAGCAGGGUGCUCCAGCCCUCAGCAUGCAGACCGUUGAGAAGGAGCCGUGGGGAUUGACACCGGUACAACAUCUCUUCUUUGAGAGCCAUCCGGAUGGACUGCAUCACUUCAAUCAGAGCUUUCUGCUUCGCAUCAAAACUCCGGUCUCGACAGAUGGCAUCAGCGCUGCUAUCCACGCUCUUGCCGAGCGUCAUCCAAUGCUCAGGGCACGCUUUCAGAGAGGCCAGGACGGUGAUUGGCAACAAUACGUGGCCAGCUAUCGUGCUGAUGUGAUUGCUUUUGCUGCGCAUCAUGUCGAGAGAACUGCAAUUGCCAGCCUUGCUCAGUCACGACAGGAGAAGCUGGACAUUCAACAUGGCCCCGUCUUUGCCGUCGAUGUUUUCUGCCUUCCCUCCAGUGAACAAAUAUUGCUUAUCAGCGCUCAUCAUCUGGUAAUUGACCUAGUGUCAUGGCGAGUCAUUUGGCAUGACAUCGAGCAGUCCCUGUUUGGUCGUCGAGAUGCGGUGAUGCGUCCCACCACCUCGUUCCAAGCAUGGUCCAAGAUGCAAAGCCAGAUGGCUCAGUCGUUAAUGCCAUCCCAAGUGCUUCCAUUCGUCGUCGACACGCGUGGCUAUGAAUACUGGGGGGUCGAUGUGUCUCAAAACACCAAGGCUGAAAGCGAAACACACGUCAUCCGUCUCGAUGAGGAUGUCACGACAAGGCUUUUGGGCUCGAGCAACGAAAGGCUUGGAACAGAACCGACAGACAUUCUCCUGGCGAUGCUACUCCACUCAUUCCAGCAAGUCUUUUCCGAUCGUUGUCCUCCUCCCAUCUUCGUCGAAGGGCACGGCCGAGAGGCUCUGGGCGACUUCGAAGUCGACCUGUCGGAGACCAUUGGCUGGUUCACCACCAUCUUCCCGAUCUGUAUUUCGUCGGGGCCGGACGAUACUAUCGUGGACAUGACUAGGCUCGCAAAGGAUAUCCGCCGAUCUGUUCCCGGGAAAGGGCUGCCGUAUAUGGCCAGUCGCUAUCUCACGCCCGCUGGUCAGAUAGCAUUUAGGGAACACCACAAGGUUGAGGUGCUCUUCAACUAUGCGGGAAUCUACCAGCAGCUGGAAAGCGAUGACUCCCUGCUGAGCCGUGAGACCGAUCCUGUAAUGACGGCCAACUUCAGCCAAACAUCGUCCACCACUCGCCGACUUGGUCUGGUGGAACUGAACUUGGGCACUACGUUUGGUCAAUUGAAUAUUUCCUGUAGCUUCCACCGCCAGAUGAAACACCAAGCUCGACUCCAGCAGUGGAUCAAGGCGUUUGCUAAUAGCCUCACACAAGCCGCGCAUGAAUUAUCGACAGGGCCAAAGAUCUUCACUUUGAGUGACUUCCCUCUGCUGUCGCUGUCUUACAGUGGGCUCGACAGUCUGGAAAAGACCAUUCAGGCUGCUGGGAUUCCACGCAAUGCAGUUGAGGACAUAUAUCCCUGUACGCCCAUGCAGGAGGGCAUCUUGCUCAGCAUGCAGAAAGGAACAUCGUCAUAUAUGAAUCACCAGGUCUGGCGCUGCGAGAUGAGAUCUGACAAAGCCCCUGUCUGUCCGGCACAACUGGAAGCAGCGUGGAGAUGUGUUGUCAAUUAUCAUUCCAUCCUGUCUACUGUCUUCGUCCCGCUCUUCGAAAACGGCCUGUUCGCUCAGGUCCUUGUCGCCAACGCCCCUGUCCGGGUUGAUCAGAUCAAAUGUGAAUCUUGGAAUGCUGUUGAUAAAUUGAUGGAACUUGAAAAACCAGUGUUUGCGGACGGCGAGCCUCAGCAUCAACUCACAAUCUGCCAAUCCUCCGGUGGAGAUGUAGCAUGCCGGUUGGAUAUGAACCAUGCCUUGAAUGACGGCGAGUCUGCAUCCAUCAUCACUAAUGACCUGGCAAAGGCAUACGAAGGCGUCACUCGAUCAGCAGCCCCUCGCUUCAGAGACCUGAUGCAGCAUUUGGGGCGAACGCCAUCCGCCGAUCGCAUGCAGUACUGGGGAAAUGUGUUGAUGGAUGUCUCGCCCUGUCGUUUCCCAGUCCAACGCAUCUCGACAGGCGUCUUGCAAGGGGAGCACGGGCACAUCCCCCUCGCCCAGACAGCCACUUCACAAAUCCACGAUUUCUGUGUCAACCGGGGUAUCACCCGUUCUGUAUUUAUCCAGAUUGCCUGGGCGAUGGUACUCUCGUGGUACACUGGAAUCGGCGAUGUUUGCUUUGGAUACCUGGCAUCAGGUCGCGAUGUUCCGAUCCAGAACAUCGAGGACAUGGUUGGUCCAUUGGCUAACAUGCUGGUCAGUCGAAUCGAUGUUGGGCAGCCGCUGGGUGAGGCUAUUGGGAAGACGGCAGAAAGCUCUAUCGGGCAUCUGGCUCACCAACAUGUCUCGCUGGCUCAGAUCCAGCACGAGCUGAAGCUCGGCCAUGGACCCUUGUUCAAUUCGUGUGUCACAUUUCCCGUGUCAGUCGGUGCUUUGUUGGGGGACACUGCGACAGUGGUUGGCCUCCAUUACCGCAAGGACUUGAUCAGUCUUCCCAUGGCGCGGGAUAUCAGCUCUAUCCUCACCAUGGCAAUUGGGCAUAUCCUGCAGGGUGAGCGACUAACAAAUGGGAUGUCCGUACGCUUCAAUCAUGUUGAUUCGCUGCGCGCUGGCUUCUUUCAGUCUGUUGUCGGGGCGAGCCAACAGUCGGCAACAGACUUCUGGCAACAAUACUUUGCUAACCUCGACACACAGCACUUUCCCUCUUUGCCAUCCCCAUCCUACUCUCCUCAAGCCACUUCUACUCUCAGCUAUUGCCUGCAAGGCUUCCAAUGGAGUCGAUCUGAGGUCGCUGCAUCGACUGCCAUCAGGGUUGCGUUGGCGGUGCUCGUGGCGCGUUAUACCAACACCAGCGACGUCGUCCUUGGGGUACUGACGAAGCACAGCAAGCUAACCCUGGGAACGGUGCCAGUGCGACUGGUGCUAGACUGGGAGGCUACAUUGUGUCAGCUCCUAGAGCAUAUUCAAGGGCAGACAAUCGCAAUGGAAGAAUUCGAGCAGAUGGGACUGCACAAUAUUCGGCGGGUCAGCGAUGAGGCCGACCAAGGUUGUCAAUUCCAGACUCUUCUGGUCGAGGCUGCAUGCGAGGAUAACCCUAUUUCCAGUGGGCUAGAUGCUUCUGGAUUGAUUAUCCAGUGCAUCUGUGACGACCAGGGAUUGCACAUCCAAGUCAAGUUUGAUUCGAAUAUGAUCGAAGAGGCACAUGUCAAGCGGAUGGUGCACCAGUUUGAGCAUGUACUGCGGCAGUUUCACGUUGAGCACAAUCAGUUCGUUAAGGUCAAAGACAUCCCAUUGGCGUGUGAAGAGGACAUGCGUGAUGUCUGGGCGUGGAAUCGGUCUGUGCCUGAGUCAGUCGAGGCUUGUAUGCACGACCAAAUUGCUGCAAUGGCAAGGAAACAACCUGAUGCACCGGCGAUCUGCGCGUGGGACGGGGAAUUGACGUAUCGCGAGCUUGAUACACUGUCGACCAGGCUCGCCUCCCAUUUGAUGCAGUACCUGGAUGGGAGUACGACGGUGCCUCUCUGCUUUGAGAAAUCACUGUGGACGGCCAUUGCCAUGAUUGCCGUAAUGAAGGUCGGCGGAGCAUCCCUUGCACUCGACACGACGCAGCCAGAGGGAAGAUUGGCCACCCUGGUUGAGCAGAUUCACCCUCGUUUGAUCCUCUCAUCAGCAGCCAAUGCCCACAUGGCUGGAAAUAUCGCCAAGGUUCCUGUCAUUGUUGUCGACCAAGCCCAUAUGGAUGCGCUGGAGACAUCCGGGCCACUGCCCGUCGUCCAACCAUCCGCCAAUCUCUACAUCAUAUUCACAUCUGGAAGCACCGGAAAACCCAAAGGUACGCUAAUAUCCCACGCCAACUUCGCCAGCGCUACUCUCUAUCAGCGAGAUGUGUGGAAAUUCGGUCCUGGAUGCAGAAUCUUCGAUGUUGGUUCAUAUGCUUUUGAUGUGGCCUGGGGCAAUGUCCUGCACACGCUCUCGUCAGGAGCAUGCCUUUGUAUACCGGAGCCAGCAGCAGCAAAGGAUGAUCUUGUCGGUAGCUUGAGGCAAUAUCGCGCCACCCAUGCCGAGCUGACACCGACUCUGGCGCGUACGCUCGUUCCGGACGACCUGCCCGAUCUGCAAUGCUUCAUUUCUUCCGGAGAAGCUCUGGAUGAUCUGGUGCUCCAGCGAUGGUCCAAGGUCACUCGUAUUCUAAACGCGUAUGGCCCUGCCGAAUGCUCUGCCGUUUCUACCAUUGCCGAACUGACCUCUGGGGUCCCCAAGGGCAAUAUCGGUCGAGGACUUGGGCUCAACACCUGGAUCGUCAGUCUCCAGAAUGACAAUGAACUGGUCUCGGUUUAUGGUGUUGGAGAGCUAUGGCUUGAAGGGCCGCUGGUUGGGCAGGGUUAUCUCAAUCAAGCCCAGAAGACGUCAGAGGUAUUUGUUAAUAGCCCGCCGUGGUUAAUGGGUGGUGGUCGACACGGGAGACUUUACAAGACCGGCGAUCUUGUCAAGUACCACACAGACGGAAGUUUGAUUUUCAUCGGCCGCAAAGACACGCAGGUGAAGAUCCGUGGUCAGCGUGUUGAACUGGCCGAGGUGGAGUAUCAUGUACGCCAGGCAUUGAGUGACCGCGGAGAUGCCGUCUUUGCCAAUUAUGAAUCUACUCACAUUGUUGCAGAGGCUAUAAAACCAUGCAAUGGCAGUCAUGCAGUCCUGGUCGCCUUUGUAAGUUGUGAGCAUCAGGACCAAUCCAGUAAGACAGUGCGGGAGAUGACGGCCGGUCUGGAAGAGAAGCUCGCCAAGUCCCUGCCAGCAUAUAUGAUCCCAACUGCCUAUAUCCCGAUCGAAAAGCUGCCCCUCACAGCUGGUGGUAAAACGGAUCGUCUCAAACUGCAACAGCACGUAUCCGCCUUGACCCGAGAAGAACUGGCGCUGUUGAACGCUGGUGAGCAGGAGAGGCGAGCCCCUCGGACGAAAAAAGAGACCGCACUGCAACGGAUGUGCGCCGGCGUUCUUGGUGUGAGUAUGGAUAUCAUCGGGCUGGAUGACUCAUUCUUCCGGCUGGGGGGUGACUCUAUCGCGGCCAUCAAGCUCGUGGCAAUGGCACGCCUGGAAGGCUGGAAUGUCACCGUGGCCAGCAUCUUCUCUCAUCCUAAACUGUCUGAUCUUGCGCUCACAAUGAGGGUGCUGCGGGCAGACGCAGAUCGACCUCCUCCGCCAUUUUCUCUGCUGCCUGAUUGCUCCGUUGAUCAUGUGCGAGGCACUCUCAGUCAGUUGGGUGUUGAUGAUUCUGUGGUUGAAGAUGUGUAUCCCUGCACAGCGAUUCAGGAAGGACUCAUCGCAAUGACUGCUAUGAACCCCGACGCCUAUGUAUAUCAGACGGCAUUUACACUCCCAGUGGAUGUGAAUUCAGAUGUGUUCCGUGCUGCGUGGGAUGCAACCGUGGCCGCUAACGCUAUCCUUCGCACCAGGUUGAUUCAUACGGAGUCGGGGAUGUUCCAAGUGGUCGUUCGGGGUAGCAUCGAGUGGGAGACAGCGACGAGCAUGGAGGAUUAUCUCUCAGACGAUACUCGUGGCCGAAUGGAUCUCGGUGUUCCACUGCUGCGACUGGCGUUGGUCAGGCAAGCCAACAUGCCAUUGUCAUUUGUUCUCACAAUUCAUCACGCCAUUUAUGACGGCUUCUCGCUGCCAUUAAUACUGCAGCAAGUCCAAGAGUCAUACACGGGCAACACCCUCCAGCUGCACCCGUUCAGUCCAUUCGUGGCAUAUCUCUCGCAGAUCGACAAGAAGGCAGAGAGAGACUUUUGGGUAUCUCGAUUUGCGAAUCUCAGGGCGCCAACAUUUCCUACUUUGCCCUCCGCAACCUAUACACCAGGUGCAAGAAUGUUCUUUACGCAAUCCAUCACACUUUCCCAAAGGGUAGGUUGCGAUUUCACACUUCCCACGCUCAUCCGACUGGCCUGGGCAGUCGUUAUCGCCCACCAUACCGACUCCGAUGAUGUUGUGUUUGGAGAGACCUUGACCGGCCGUAAUGCCGCAUUGGCAAACGUCGACCGAUUGACCGGGCCGACCAUCACCACUAUCCCAAUUCGUGUUCAACUUCGAGCCGGUCAGAGUGUUGCCGAGGCACUCGAUGGUGUACAGAAGAACAUGGUAGCGGCGAUUCCAUACGAGCAGGCAGGACUUCACAACAUCCGCCAAAUGAGUAGCGAGACCGCAUCAGCCUGCGAAUUCCAGAGUCAUUUGGGCAUCCAGCCGUUGGAGGAAGACUCGGAGGAGUCCAUCUUGUUCGGGCAGCAUCAGUCUCGUAACAGCUUGGACCAGUUUUCCAGCUACGCAUUUGUUCUUGUCUGCUCACUAUCACCCAACAAUCAGAAGAUCGGUGUCGAGUGCAGUUUUGACCCUAUCAUAGUGAAUGAAGACGAGGCCAGCAACUAUGUUCGCCUGUUCCAAACGAUAUUGUGUCAGCUUUGCAGCGACCCUGACCAAAAGAUUACCGACUUGCAGGUCAUCAGCCCGGCAGAUAUCGCUCAGCUUGUGAAAUGGAAUUCAGACCUACCGUUAGCUCGCCAUGAGACUCUCCAUAAUCUGAUACUGAACCACUGUAUUUUACAACCAGAUCGCGCAGCCAUCUCGUCGUGGGAUGGAACUGUCACAUAUGCCGAGCUGGAUGUUUUGUCUCGAGCACUCGCACUGCAUCUGAUCACUACUGGAGUGGAGUCAAACAUGAUCGUUCCUCUCUGUUUCCAGCGGUCUAAAUGGUCUGUCAUUUCCAUCGUGGCAGUUCUUCGGACCGGGGCAGCGUGUCUUCUCGUUGACCCCACUCAUCCUCCGGACCGGAUUCAAGACUUUGUGGAACAGAGUCGGGCGGUUACAGCAGUCGUCGACCCAUCACAGACGGCUUUGAUGCAGGGAAUGGUUCCCAAUGUCAUCACUGUCUCCCCCGCCCUGAUAGACGGUCUUGAUAAAUCGCAGACUGGGCCAUUGCCCACAGUAACCCCAGGCAGCACUGCGUUCAUUGUCUUCACGUCAGGAAGCACCGGCAAGCCUAAGGGAAUCAUGCUGGAACAUGUUCAGCUGAGCACAAGCAUCCGGGACCAUGCACCUGGCUUGGGAGUCAACAGUGACUCCAGGUCUCUGCACUUUGCUUCAUACGCAUUCGAUGCUAGUAUUUACGAGAUCUGCACCACUCUGGUGUCCGGUGGCUGUCUCUGUGUCAUGUCCGAGCACGACCGCAUGAACGAUCUCGCUGCCUUCAUCCGCUCCAAAAAGGUGACCUGGGCCACCUUGCCCAACUCGGCAACCAAUCUUCUCCAUCCCUACGACGUGCCAUCCUUACAGACGCUUGUUCUCGGUGGUGAAGCUGUGACCCAAGAUGUCGUGGAGAAGUGGGCGUCGAGACUGACGUUGAUCAACGGAUACGGACCCGCUGAAGCCACAAUCUGUGCACUCGGUCCCAUUCCCGUGCAAGGGUGGAAGCAAGGCACGUUUGGCAAUAUCGUCGGCGGGGUGGGCUGGAUUGCAACGCCGUCGGAUGCAUCAAAGCUCGCCGCCAUUGGGGCAGUGGGAGAAUUGUUGAUUGAAGGACCAGUCUUAGCUCGGGGUUAUCUCAACAACCCGGAGAAGACGGCAUCUUCGUUCAUUGAAGACCUACCUUGGAUGAAGGACUUCCGUCCUGCCGGCAAAGGCCGUGUAUACAAGUCGGGUGAUUUGGUGCAGUACAACCCAGACGGCACAUUGCGAUUCAUCGGGCGAAAGGAUACCCAGGUCAAGCUGCGAGGACAGCGUAUUGAGCUCGGUGAAGUCGAGUUUCGAAUUCGCCAGUGUUUGCCAGCGGUCCACAAUGUAGUGGCCGAAGUUAUGAUUCCUUCUGGCUCCAAUGCAAACUCUCUGCUAGUGGCUUUCGUCCAUCUGACCAUGACCAACAACGAUAAGAACAACUUGUUUUUAACUCCCACUGAGGAGCUUCGUGCCCUAUUUUUCGCGGCCCAAACGAAGCUCAGAGGCAUGGUCCCAGGGUAUAUGGUGCCUGCGAUCUUCAUUCCCCUGAGCCACAUCCCAAAAACGACAUCCGGGAAGAUAGAUCGGCGACAGCUUCGCGACCGAGCAUCAUCGCUGCCUCGAACGGAGUUUGAUCUCUUCAUGGCUACGCGGGGUCAAAGGGAAAGCCCAUACACUGAAACGGAAGAAAGGCUCCGGGCCAUCCUGAUCUCUGUCACUAAUCUGAACAUCGACGAAAUCGGUGUCAAAGACAACAUCUUUCAUCUCGGGGCCGACUCCAUCACGGCCAUGAAGAUGGUGACGGCCGCACGCAAACAUAACAUCUCGAUAUCCGUUGCUGAUGUUUUCAGCCAUCCCACGAUAUACGACCUAGCAGACUUUUAUAACAGGCACAAUCAGCAACAUGAAGCCGUGUCCAGCGUGGUCCCAGGCUCCGUCUUCGGCUUCACGAACCAGUGCAACUUUAUUCAGAGCAUCGACUGCACUGGCCUUCCAUUCAACACUCCGGAUAUCUACGACGCACUCCCUGCAUCCCAAGGCCAAGAGGAUCGACUUACUCGUGGAAGUUACUAUUUCAUGCUCGACUUUGAUCGCUCAAUUGACGGCGAUCGCCUCGAAAAGGCGUGUCGUGGCCUCGUUCAGCGCCAUACCAUCUUCCGCACUGUCUUCAUACCCUACCAAGGCAGGAUUGUUCAGAUCGUUCUUCGCAGCUUCAAUGCACCCAUUGAAAUCGUCAAGUCGGACGACUGUGUAGUGCCCUUUACGGAAUCCCUUUGCCAGAAAGACUCACACGAGGCACCGAUGCUGGGAGACCUCAUUACCCGGAUGACCUUGGUCCAUGGAUCUGACCAUCAAACCACACUCAUUCUCCGCAUUUCGCAUGCCCAAUAUGACGGUAUGUCAGUGCCCAUCAUGUGGAAAGACUUGGUCGGUCUGUAUGAGGGCAGGCAACUGCCGGAUCCUAUCGAAUACUCGGCCCACGUGCAGAAGUGGCUGGCGGCUGGGACUUCACAGGCGUAUGAAUUCUGGCGGAACCUUCUUGACGCAUCCAGCAUGACCUAUAUCAAAAAUAAGCACCUAGCAGAAAAGGAUGCUUCUGUUAACUCACCGAUUUAUAUUGAAUCUACAAUUGCUCAUCCCGAUCUGCCUCACGGCAUUACUAUGGCGACUCUCGUCAAAGCAGCAUGGUCCUUGGUUCUGACCCACUUGACAGGUGAUAGCGAUGUUGUCUUCGGUCAGACAAACAGUGGACGAUCAUCAAGCAAUUUCGACGCAGAAAACCUGGUCGGAUUGUGUAUCAACGCCAUACCUGUCCGAGUCAAGUACAAUCCCCAAUGGACCGUCCUUGACUUGCUGCACCAUGUUCAAAACCAGCAUGUUGAUUCGCUCCCAUUUGAGCAUAUUUCUGAGCAAAUUGAGAUGUAG